AAAGCUGACAUGGUGAAGUUAUAUACGGCUUUGCGGUGACCUCUAUGCAAUGAGGAUGCGUAUCUGUCCAAUAAAGCCACAGACAAAAUGACAGUGACAGCUGCCUUGUGGCAUUCAAUUUGAAUGGAAGAUGUUUGCUCAGAAGUGUCAGUAGCAAGUGUGUCAUCACGGCAUAUAGCAACAAGGAAAACAUCUUCAAGUCCCAUCCUGGAGAAAUGAAACUUCUUUCAGCAGCUGCACAGGCUCCCUGGGAGGAAAGAUGGUCCUCAAGGUCUUUACACAUCUUCCUGGGCUGAACUUGUUUUGUGACUCUUGACUCUUUUGAAAACUGAAGCCUUUUGCCAGGUGUUAAUUAUAGGAGGCAACAAAAACACAGCUUCAAAUAGCAGAAGCAGCAAAGCUGGAGGUUUUAUGGGUGGAAAGAACUCCAAGGGCCAAGGGAAGAAGAGCAUGAUGCUGCUGAAGAGAAGCCAGAAGCUACCUCUGUGGGAAGAAACCCUUCUCUCUGGAAAAGACCCAAGGACUCUGCUGAAAUGUGGACUGCAGUAUGUCAGUUUGAGCCUCAUAAUGAAGGGGAUGACAAGGGUUCCUGACUUUCUUUGGGGAUUGCCACAGGUCCAGAAACUGAAUCUCUCACAUAACCAACUGGUGAUUCUUCCUCCUGCGUUGGGUACACUUGACAGACUGGUAGUGCUGAACCUGUGUGGGAAUCGUAUGAAAUCUCUGCCAAAAGAGAUUGGGCUGCUCAGGAACCUGAAGAUCUUAUUUGUCAAUAUGAAUUGUUUGACUGAACUACCAGCAGAAAUUGGACACUGCAAGAAACUGGAAGUUUUGAGCCUCUCGCACAACCGUAUCUCUCAUCUCCCGCCAAGUAUCACAGAGCUAAUAAACCUGAGAAAGCUGAACCUUAGCAAUAAUCGGUUCAUUUACAUUCCUCUAAGUGUUUUUGCAUUGAGGAACUUAGAUUUUUUACAUGUAGGCUGCAACAAACUUGAAAACAUUGGAGACAGUAUCCAGUUUCUGGUCAACUUGCAGAUCUUCAUUGCUGACUAUAAUAACAUUCGUGCCUUGCCAAGGUCUAUCUGCUCAGUCGCUGCUCUGGAACUCUUAAAUGUUGAUUACAAUUGUAUCCAGACUCUUCCAGAUGAACUUUAUUUGCUGCGCAGACUGCCCAAAAUUGCUUGGAAUCCAAUGGAUAAGGGGUUCCAUAUUUCACAUAAUCCUUUGUCCAAACCACUGCCGCAGAUCAUAGAAGGAGGACUGGAUGCACUCUACAGCUAUCUCAAAGAUAAAAAUCAGCUCCCAUAAACAUGGGCUUCAUUUGGGAUUGUGGUGGUUGCCAUGUUUUCUCAGUUGUGUCUUUUAAUUUUUCUGACCAGUGAACUUCACUGUGCAAAUCGGAAGCCGGAAUACAGUUGCAAUAAAGUUUACCUGAAAGCAAGUACAUUGACUUUAUACUGGCUGUGCAAAGAAUAUAUUUCUCAAAGAAAUAUGUAUCCUUUGUUGGCGGAUGUGACUGAAGUGUUUAUCUUUAUUAUGUCAAGACUUGUAAGCAGAUUAAUGUAAUAAAAAGCCAAUUGUAUUUUUAAAGUAUUUCUAUAUGUCAGGUUUUAAUAGUGCUAAUUUCAAGAAGGUAGACUUUUUUAAUGUAAUGGCCUUGUGAAAUUCAGUGACAGUUUCAAUUUCUGUUCAGCAUGUGGUUCAUGGGGUGGAAGGCUCAUGCCAAAAUGCUUACAGCAUGAAAGCGUACAUCUACCUUAGGAAAAUAUGUUAUUUAGCAUCAAAUCAGGAAAGUGAUUUGCUGCUAGGCCUGAAUUUGUGGUAUUUAUCACCAUUUCUCAAUAUAACUAAUUUCCAAUGCGUGAGAUCCCUGAAACUAGCUAGCUGAAACUUUCAUAUUAAAUAUUGCAAAUUGAGCUUUAGGAGAAAUGUCCAGAAUGAAAAAUUAAAAAUAUCUCAUCUUUCAAAAACAUUUAUAUCAUUCAUUUCUCAAAACCCUAUAGUGGUAACGAAAAUAAGUUACACGCCGCGCUAUUACCCAGCAGUAAAUACUAUGUGGAGCUCACAGUUAGUUACACGAGAUACGAGAAAGUGAGGUCAUGUUUCCAAAUAACAAUUGCAUGAUUAAGAAGCAGCUAAUUAUACUCAAAGACAACUGUAUUAAUUUUGCACAAUGCUUCCACACUUCUCUGCAAUCUGAACAGAUCAUUUGACAUUAGAAAACAAGGCAUGAACCUUGCAUCCCUUGGAUCCUGAAUUUUUGCACAUUUACAUUAAUUCCAGCAGGUCGUGUGACUUAGAGCUCUCCACUUCCCCAGGAUUUUCUGUCAGAGAAUACGUGUCAGGACUCUCUUUUUGUGAGGAGGAGGCAUAUCAAUUCAGAGCUCAAAAAUGCUUACUUCUAAAACAAGUAUUUUUUUUCCUUACCUGUAGGCACAGACAGGUACUAUUAGAUGAGCCCUAUGUCAUGUUCUCUUUGUGUAAAUGUUCUCCCUGGAGGUUUUCUCUUGAAAUAUAAGUAGGUGGUGAUAGGAGAUACUGUAAAAUUCUUUCCUAAUUUACUUUAUUAUAAUAUCCUAAAACCAUAUCUCUGCAACUUUUUGGAGGAAACAGGAAGAUUGGUGAAGCAAAAAGAGAAAGGAAGGAAGGAAGGAAGGAAGGAAGGAAGGAAGGAAGGAAGGAAGGAAGGAAGGAAGGAAGGAAGGAAGGAAGGGGGAGAGAGUCUGAGUUCAUUUCUGUUUUUCAUUACGCCAAAUCCAACUCAUCUGAGAAAGGCAUGAAUGUGAAUAAAUAUUAUUAUUAUUGUAAGAAAAAGUUUGAUACACGCACUGGAAAGUUUUCAGUUUUAUGGUAAUUCGUUUAACUGUUCACAUGUAACUUGUAGUCAUUAUACAUUGAACUGCAAGCACUGAAAUGAAUGUUAAAAAUCCUGACAGCUAUUUAAUAAAAUAAAAUAAAAUCUUCAUUUCAGAAACAGAAAUUUGGAGCUGUGAAGUGCACUUUUAAAACAGUGCCGUCAGCAUCUUCUGCAGUUUCCAUACGCAAGAUGUAACGAGGCAGAACGGGGGAUAUUGCCUGAGAAUUGUGUGCUAAUGGAAUACCUCAAAAAUGAGCAGGCUCCCAGAUUGGAGAGGAUGUAAACUUGAUUUGUAUCUCACUUGGAGCUAUUUAUGAAAACAAAAUUCAGGAGUCCUAAAUCCACAUCUUCAGCAGUUUCAUCUUAAACGAAUUCAAUUAGGAGCAGUAUCUACAAAUUUAAAAAACAACAAAACUGUAAUAUAAUUAAUCAAGUGAG